CGUGUUUGUUAAAGCCACCGUGUUAUAGAUCAGUGCCAAAAAUUCAGAAUGGAAGUCUCCCCCAGCACAUUGGAGUUCAGAGGAACCUUCACCAAGCAAACCACCGAAUACUUGAAGUUGACCAACACGGCCAAGUCGCCACUUGCUUUCAAAGUCAAGACCACCGCGCCCAAGCUCUACAGUGUCAGACCCAACGCCAGUAUCGUCCAACCUGGCGAAUCAAUCGAUAUCUCCAUCAACUUACAGGGCUUCUCCCAACCCUUGCCUAAGGACUACAAGUGCAAGGACAAGUUCUUGUUGGUGUCGUUGCCAUGUCCCGAGUUAUCGGACGUGUCCAAGGUCGGCGAGGUCUGGAGUGAGUUGGAGGCCAAGUACAAGCCCCAGGUGGUCUCCAAGAAGUUGAGAGUCAACUACGUCAUCACCGACUCCGACGACUCCAGCGCCUCCCACACCACCAACGGUAACGGCCUUUCCGAAGGCGACAUCACUCACAUCAACCAAACCGUGAUAAAUGACGCUUCUACCGCUCAAGCCACCCCUAUCAAGCAAUCCAACGGCAUUGCCGCCAGUGGUGCUUCCAGAUUGAGACAGGAAGACUACGACACCACCCAUGACAGAACCAUCCAAGGUAUCGACGCCACUCCUCGCGCUGUCCCACCAUCCCCACCAACUGCCCAAGCCCCACCAGUCCCACAAGUGCACCAAGCUCCAGCCCACACCGAAAAAUUCGACGAAAAGGCUCCAGUUCACACCACUACCACCACCUCCUCCUCGCAAGUGGCUGCUUCCGAGCCAGCCAACACCAUCUCAAUCCAAUUGGCCGCGGUCUUGGUCAUUCUCGCUUUCCUCCUUGGUUGGUUGAUCUUCUAAUUGCUGAUUUCAUCCUAUGCGGGCCCGUUUCCUCCAUUAUGAAUCUCUCCUCGAUAGCCAUGUAUCAUUAGACGCAACCAAUCCAAUCGAUGACCUUACGCGACCUUGUUGUCUUUAUUUCUCUGAUUGUUUUGUUAGUCCGAAUAUUCGUAUACUUUGUCCUCCGUAGUGAGCUAGCGACCACAGAUACAAGAGGUGUCUGGUUGCUGAACAGUUGCACAGUACUUUGAAAUUUACUGAACAGUUCUACAUAGUACUCUGGAAAAUUCGAUAACUGAACAUCUCUUUAAUUGUACACGACAAUUGGUUCAAUAAGUGAACAGUACUACACAAUA